AUGAAGAACAUGUACUUUGUGGCUGGGUUGCUUUUAAUGAUUGCACAAAGCAGCUGGCAAAGUCCCCUUCAGGAAACAGAAGAGAAAUCCAGAUCAUUCAAAGCUUCCCAGGCUGAACCAUUAGAUGACUCUAGACAGCUGAAUCAAGUGAAACGUCAUUCACAAGGUACAUUCACCAGCGAUUACAGCAAGUACUUGGACACGAGACGAGCUCAAGAUUUUGUAGAGUGGUUAAUGAACACUAAAAGAAGCGGCAAUGGACUCGCCAGGCGUCAUGCCGAAUAUGAGAGACAUGCUGACGGCACCUUUACCAGUGACAUCAGCUCUUACCUGGAAGAACAAGCUGCCAAGGACUUCAUUGCUUGGCUAGUGAAUGGACGAGGAAGAGAUUUCACAGAAGGAGCUGGUACAGCUGAAGGCCUUGGCAGAAGACAUGCGGAUGGCACUUUCACCAGUGAUUACAACAAACUCCUGGAUGAGAUGGCAACCCAAGAAUUCCUCAAGUGGCUGAUUAACCAAAAAGCGACUGAGAGAUAACAAAGGACUACAGAUAUAACAAGGAAAGAAGGGACGGUCAUAUUCCAUUAAUCGGGAAAUAAGAAGCAAAUUACUCAUCAUAACCAAACAUAUCUUUCUAAAGAGUGUUAUGAACCACAGAGGGGUGAACACCAUGUUCA